UCCGCCAAACCUAUCUCUCCAUUAACGGUCCAAAUUCAUAUUCUGAAACAUAGAAAGCAGGUAAACGGCGACGUUUUAUGGUGGUGUUUUUCCACCGACUGUCGUCGAAGGAAAAAGAAGCAAGAAACGGCACGGAGAGCAGCACCUACCUCCUCCACCGUUGUUUAAAAGGCAAGAGGAGAGAAAGAGAGAGAGAGAACUCGGCCUCUCAAAUCCCUCUCAGACACCAUAACCAACCAAACCCUGUGCAUUCAAUUGUGAGGGAAAAUGGCUUCAGUAGCUCUGUCUUCUCCUUCGCAAGCGCACCAGGCGUCGUCGUUUCUGUCGUCGUCUUCUUCGUCGCUCUUCUCUCGUUCCUCACUCUGCUUCAAGGGCUUGGCUUCCGGUGCCUCUCGCUCACGAACUUUCGCUCAAAAUAGCGUGAAAUGUGAUAUGCAAGAGCCAUUGAAUAUUGGCAAUGGGAAGCCAAGUAUUCCCAUCCUUAAUGAACGAACUUUUCCCAAGUUCUUGGAGACAGCACGCAUGGAAAAGACAGUUAACAGAACGAAUAGUACGAGGCUGAAAUUGUUUACUGGCACGGCAAACUCUGCUCUUUCUCAGGAAAUUGCUUGGUACAUGGGUCUGGAACUUGGAAAGAGAAACAUAAAGCGAUUUGCUGACGGUGAAAUCUAUGUUCAGCUGCAAGAAAGCGUUAGGGGAUGUGAUGUUUUUUUGUUGCAGCCUACCUGCCCUCCAGCAAACGAGAAUCUUAUGGAGCUUUUGGUAAUGGUUGAUGCUUGUCGGAGAGCAUCGGCAAAGAAUAUUACUGUUGUGAUUCCAUAUUUUGGAUAUGCAAGAGCAGACAGAAAGACUCAAGGCCGUGAGUCAAUUGCGGCCAAACUUGUUGCAAACCUUAUCACAGAAGCAGGUGCAAACCGUGUUCUUGCUUGUGAUAUUCAUUCUGGUCAGUCAAUGGGUUACUUCGAUAUUCCAGUUGAUCAUGUAUAUUGUCAGCCUGUAAUUCUUGAUUAUCUUGCCAGCAAGUCCAUUGCUUCCAAUGACUUGGUGGUAGUUUCGCCUGAUGUUGGUGGAGUGGCAAGAGCACGUGCUUUUGCUAAAAAAUUAUCUGAUGCACCCUUGGCGAUUGUGGAUAAAAGGCGACAUGGUCAUAAUGUCGCAGAGGUGAUGAACCUUAUUGGUGAUGUUAAAGGAAAGGUUGCUGUUAUGCUGGACGACAUGAUCGACACUGCCGGGACUAUCGCAAAAGGAGCAGAACUUUUACAUAAAGAAAGGGCCAGGGAAGUGUAUGCAUGCUGCACCCAUGCUGUUUUCAGCCCUCCAGCAAUUGAAAGGCUAUCAAGUGGCCUGUUUCAAGAAGUGAUAAUUACGAACACAAUCCCAGUAGCGGAGAAGAAUUACUUUCCCCAGUUGACUGUUCUUUCAGUAGCAAACCUUUUGGGAGAGACCAUAUGGCGCGUUCAUGACGACUGUUCUGUCAGCAGCAUUUUUCAGUGAAAUUCCAUUCGAAUUUAUUCCUCAUAAUUGAUUCAUGGGCACCCUUUGGUUGCUCCUCAAGCGGAGAAGGGGAUUCGGAGUAGGCCUUAGUUUUUGUUUUAAUUGAGUCCAUUAUUUCAUCAUUAUCUUGACAGCCUACAGCCCAACACUUCUGGGAUUUUACUAUAUGAAUUCAUAAGGAGAACUCGUUGGAAUUCAUUACUUUGGUUCAUUAGUUUAAAGAGAAAGAAGAGGGAAAGAGAAAUUUUAGUAGAUAAUUACUUGUUCUAUUGUUCUCCCUUUCAA